AUGGCAAUCAGCUCUACUAUCCCAAUCUCUCCCGAGGAGGCUCGGGCUGCUAUGGACAAAGCCCUUGAGAAAGUGGCCAAGCAGCUCCGUGAACUGAACAAUUACAUUUGGUCGAACCCAGAACUGGCAUAUGAAGAGCACAAGGCGCAUGACGCUAUCUGUGAUUUCCUCGAAAGCCAAGGAUUCACAGUUACUCGGCAUGCCUACGGAGUGGAUACAUCCUUCGAAUGUAUCAGCGGCAGUGAAGGCCGACUCAUCAACUUCAACGCUGAGUACGAUGCGUUGCCUGACAUUGGCCAUGCCUGUGGCCACAACCUUAUUGCCACCAGCAGCAUUGCAGCCUUUUUGGCACUGAGCCAUCUGCAGAAGGAGUUUGGAAUGAAAGGCAGAAUUCAACUGCUCGGUACUCCCGCCGAAGAGAACGGCGGCGGCAAGGCAAAGUUGAUCGAUGCUGGUGCUUACAAGGGUGUUGAUAUUUCUUUGAUGGCCCACGGCGGACCAACGAAUUUGGUUGGACGUCCCAGUGAUGGAGUCGCUGGAGUCCUGAUGAAUGCUCGCAAGGAGCUGCAUGUGGAGUACUUUGGCAAGAAUGCUCACGCCGGAGGUAACCCAUGGGAUGGUGUUAAUGCGUUGGAUGCACUGGUUCAGGCAUACAACGGAAUUUCCACCUUGAGACAGCACAUCCUGCCCGAUGAGCGAAUCCACGGAGCUUUCCUGGACGUGCCAAAGGUCGCCAAUGUGAUUCCUGCAUACACAAAGUCCUACUGGCAGAUUCGCAGCCCGACUUUGCAAGGUCUUAACAAGCUUAUUGCCAAGGUCAGGCAGUGCAUUGAGGGCGCGGCUAUUACUACUGGCUGCACUGUCAAGAUUGUAGAGGAGGGCCUCUACACUGACAUUGUUCUUAACGAGACUCUCUGUGAGCGAUACACGAGCCACUUGGCAGGUUAUGGAAAGGAGGUCAUCCAGAAGCACGAGCAGGUCCUUACCGGAUCUUCCGAUGUUGGUAACGUCAGCUACGUUGCACCCACACUUCAUUCUAUGUUCGCCAUCCCCACACCAGCGGGGUCUUUCCCGCAUCACCCGACUUUCACGGCUUGUGCUGGAACUGAUGAAGCCCACGAGGAGGCUAUUAUUACUGGAAAGGGAUUGGCUCUUACGGGAUGGGAUAUGAUGACUGAUGAUGCUCUGUUUGAGUCGGCGAAGGCGCAGUGGGAGGGACAGCUUCCCGCGCCUGCUAAAUAG